UGUACAGGUUCUGGCAGUGGGAGGACUGCUGGCAGCCUGCUUCCUGGUUGCGAGUCCUAGUGGAGCUCGGGUUAUCAUGAACAUCGAAGCAUAUUUUGAAAGAAUUGGCUAUAAGAAUUCGAGGAACAAACUGGACUUGGAAACUUUAACUGACAUUCUUCAGCACCAGAUCCAAACCAUUCCUUUCGAGAACCUUAACAUCCAUUGUGGAGAAACCAUGGAAUUGGGCUUGAAGGCCACUUUUGAGCAAGUUGUUGGUAGGAACCGUGGUGGGUGGUGUCUCCAGGUUAAUCAUCUUCUGUACUGGGCUCUGACCACAAUUGGUUUUGAGACCACAAUGUUGGGGGGUUAUGUGUACUCUACUCCAGCCAACAAAUAUAGCAAUGCUAUGAUUCACCUCCUGCUGAAGGUGACUAUUGAUAGUAAGAAUUACAUAGUGGAUGCUGGCUUUGGACGUUCUUACCAGAUGUGGCAACCUCUGGAGUUAAUUUCUGGGAAGGAUCAGCUUCAAGUGCCUUGCAUCUUCCGUUUAACAGAAGAGAGAGGAAUCUGGUACCUGGACCAAAUAAGAAGAGAGCAAUAUAUUGCAAAUGAAGAAUUUCUUAAUUCGGACCUCCUAGAAAAAGAUAAAUACCGAAAAAUAUACUCCUUUACUCUUGAACCUCGAACAAUUGAAGAUUUUGAGUCCGUGAAUACAUACCUUCAGAUAUCUCCAACAUCUGUGUUUACAAGCAAGUCAUUCUGUUCCUUGCAGACAUCUGAAGGGGUUCACUGUUUAGUGGGUUGCACCCUUACCUAUAGGAAAUUCAAUUAUAAGGACAAUAUGGAUUUGGUAGAGUUUAAGAUCCUGAAUAAGGAAGAAAUAGAACAAAAACUGAAAAAUGUAUUUAAUAUUUCCUUGGAGAGAAAGUUUGUGCCCAAACAUGGUGAUCAAUUUUUUACCAUUUAGAGUAAGGAGUAAAAAUGGUCUUCAGUAUUACUUCAUGUACUGAAACUUUUUAUUAUAAAAAAUUAAACAUAUAUUAAAGACAAUAAAAUAAG